AUGGCUGAUGCUUCUUUCGGUUCAUUGGCGGCCGAGGCCAAGCAUGCACUUGAUCGAGCUGCAAACUUCUCACACCAUCGCCAACAUGAAGAUGGCCAUUGGUGUGGUGAGCUGAAGUCAAACGCUACCAUCACCGCGGAAUAUGUCAUGCUUCGCCAGGCCUUAGGCCUGGACAUGGAGUCAGAUCGCAAUGAAUUGAUCUCUUGGUUCCUGUCAGAGCAAAAUCAGGACGGAUCAUGGUCACUCGCUCCGGGUCAUUCAGGCGACAUCUCGACCUCAGUGGAGGCUUAUUUCGCGUUAAAAAUCCUCGGUAUUGAGCCAGAUACAGCAUUCAUGCGCAAGGCUCGAUUAUUCAUUCUCUCUGUUGGCGGUGUCGCCAAAGUUCGCAUCUUCACGCGUAUCUAUCUGGCAACGUUUGGCCUGUUUCCAUGGAGUGCAGUGCCAGAGCUUCCGGCAGAGUUGAUUAUGAUGCCGAAUGCCGCUUUCAUCAGUAUAUAUCGACUAGCCUCCUGGGCACGCAGCACUAUUGUGCCCCUUCUCAUCAUUUCUCAUCACCGUCCUGUAUACGCUCUGCCAAAUGGCAUCUCGGAGACAAAUGAUUUCUUGGAUGAGCUAUGGGACAAUCCAGCAAAGAAGAAUGUUCCGUAUUCUCCGUCUUUGUGGCAACUGGUGAAGACAGACGCGGUAGCUUCCACCUUCGUGGUAAUUGACAGUAUUCUUCAUAUGCUCGGUGGCUUGCGCAGCUCUCCCACACGAUCCCGCGCCCGAGGACAAUGCAUUGACUGGAUCUUACAGCAUCAAGAGACCGAAGGUGACUGGGCUGGAAUAUUCCCACCCAUGCAUACCGGGGUCGUAGCACUAUGCCUUGAAGGAUACGCGCUUGAUGAUGCCCCAGUCAAGAAAGGUCUCGAAGCCAUUGAACGAUUUUCAUGGUCUGACAAACGCGGCAAAAGAGUACAGGCCUGUGUCUCACCAGUUUGGGAUACAAUCCUGAGUACCAUUGGACUCUGCGACGCUGAUAUGGCCUCGCAGGACACUGUGAGUGCCAUGAAAUGGGUUAAAGGCCGACAGCUGUGCGGACCAGAGGGUGAUUGGCGAGUUUACAAGCCAAACAUCACCGCAGGUGGAUUUAGCUUUGAGUACUUCAACCGGUGGUAUCCAGACGUGGAUGACACUGCAGCUGCAAUCUUGGCCAUGAUUAAACAAGAUCCGAAAUUGACAAACUCGCGCACUUCUGUUGUCAAGGCAGUUCAAUGGAUCAUUGGCAUGCAGAACAAUGAUGGCGGAUGGGGAGCAUUCGAUAUUCAUAAUGAUAGGCUAUUCUUGAACAAAAUUCCUUUCAGUGAUAUGGAAGCCUUGUGCGAUCCCUCCACUGCAGAUGUCACAGGCCGGAUCCUUGAGGCGUUUGGCCUCCUUUUUCAGAGCAGCAAUGACUUCCCAGUUGAUCUGGUCAGAGACAUGAAACUUGCCUGCGACCGCGCCAUCCCAUACCUUUUCAGCAUACAAGAGCGAAGCGGUUCCUGGUAUGGCCGAUGGGGAGCAAACUAUAUCUACGGCACCAGUAACGUGGUCUGCGGAUUGGCUCUCUUUUCGAAUUGGGAGGGGGGAGCAAUUUUGUGA